UCCUUGAUCAAUUUCAACUAUAAGUAUUCAAAAGCAAAUCUUUAAUUCUAUCAUUUACUUCGGGAAUUACAAAAUUGUAAUAUUUUUACACUCUAAAGAUAGAAUUUUAAAUAUAAAUAUGAAAGAACUUUUUUUAAUCAUAUGUUUAAUGAAACUUUUCCACUACGGGAUGAGCAUUGAUUAUGAUGGCUGGCUUAAUAUAAAAAUAGAGCAUACAUUAAAUUGCAAAGAUGGAAAGUAUUGCUCUAGAGGUAAUAUUUCACUAAAAAGUAUUCGUGCUGGUAUAGCUACCAUAGAACAAACACCUUUUACAAAGCAACAUAUAGAACAAUUAAAGGAAAUUGCAGAAAUUGAUGGUUUUUACACUGUAAAGACCUUAGUGACAUCUGCUGAUAACAAAGGAACUGAAUUAUUAUCAUCUGUAAAGGCUAGGUCUUUUCUUGAAAAUGGGUUAUCAGAUGUAAUUAAUGCAUGGAUGCUGCCUAAUGGUGCUGUUACUGCAGUUAAUUUCCAAGUUACAAACUCUUCUAAGGCACUUCAACAUAACAAAGAUGGAUAUUUAAUAAAUUCAAAAUUCUUUCUUCGUUAUGUGGAACAAGCCCCUGUACCAGAUACGGCUUCUUACAUCCAAAAAUUGGAACGCGAGAGAGAAGCUAGAGAAAAAGGUGAACUUAAAGAUAACAGAUCAUUUCUAGCAAAAUAUUGGAUGUACAUAGUUCCUAUUGCAAUCUUUGUGAUGAUAUCAGGCGCAACGAACCCCGAACCAGCUGGUCAAGCAGCACGUUAGUGUAAUGUACCUAAUAUUAAUGCUUAUUUAAUAAAUAAAAUAAUUUUUUUGUUCA